UUUGGAAAAAGAGCCAGCCCGGGUGCGCCACGCCAAAGAGGCUCUCUUCGUGGUGGAUCCAAAGAGAGAGACACGCAGAGAGACCCCCCUCCCGGGGUCUCUUCCCCCGCUUCUUCUUCUCCGCCAUGGAAGAAUUGACGGCGUUUGUCUCCAAAUCCUUUGACCAGAAAGGCAAAGAGAGUAGCAGCGGAGGAGGCGGAGGAGGAGGUGGCGGUGGAGGAGGAGGAGGAGGUGGAGGACACAAGAAGGAGACCAUCACCUACCGGGAAGUUUUGGAGAGCGGUCUGGCUCGCUCCCGGGAGCUGGGCCCCUCGGAGGCGGGCAGCCUGCAAGAACUGGCCGAGAGCGGGGCCCACUGCCCGGUCCACCUCUUCAAGGACCACGCCGGAGCCAUCCCCGCCGAGGGCGACAAGGACGGCAAGCUCAAGGACGCCUUCGGCCACGCCGCCAGGAACACCGAAGGGAUCUACGAGUGCAAAGAGAAACGGGACGAGGUGAAAUCUGAGGACGAAGACGGACAGACCAAGCUGAAGCAGAGGCGAAGCCGCACCAACUUCACCCUGGAGCAACUCAACGAGUUGGAGAGACUUUUCGACGAGACGCACUAUCCAGACGCCUUUAUGCGGGAGGAACUGAGUCAAAGGCUGGGCUUGUCCGAAGCCAGGGUCCAGGUUUGGUUCCAGAACAGAAGAGCCAAAUGCAGAAAGCAAGAAAACCAGAUGCACAAAGGCGUCAUUUUGGGGACGGCCAGCCAUUUAGACGCCUGCCGGGUGGCCCCCUACGUCAACAUGGGGGCCCUGAGGAUGCCUUUCCAGCAGGUCCAAGCUCAGCUGCAGCUGGAAGGUGUCACCCAUGCCCACCCACACCUCCACCCUCACUUGGCUGCUCAUGCCCCUUAUCUGAUGUUCCCGCCACCCCCUUUUGGACUGCCUAUUGCCUCUUUGGCUGAUUCCGCCUCUGCAGCUGCAGUGGUAGCUGCAGCAGCAAAAAGCAACAGCAAGAAUUCCAGCAUCGCUGACUUGAGGCUCAAGGCCCGAAAACAUGCCGAGGCCCUGGGGCUUUGACAUUUUCUUCUCCCAGAAGCCUUUCUCUUGCCAGGGAUGGACAAUAACGCUCUCCUCUAGCCAGCAUCCAAGCUUGGCUGGGAUAAAGACAACUUCUACCUUUGGAAAGGCCUGCAGGUAGACACAUCAGCAGUGGCCUCUUCCUCCCUUACUCCCCCCACUUUCCUCUUCUCUUUUCUUUUGUUCAAAGAAGUUAGCAACUCAUUCAGUUGAUCUGAGAACUGAAGGACUCACUGGCCUAUCCUGCUUUCUUCCUCCUCCUCCUCCUCCUCUUCUUCUUCUUUUUAAAAGGCACUUAGUGCUAAUUAUUGCAGUUAAACUGUUCGUUUACCACCAGGUGUUUAAUCCUAAACUGAAAUCAGUCUGAAUUCAAGUUAUAAAUAUCAUUUUUAAAAAAAUAUAUAUCCACAAAACCUUUGGAGGAAAGUAAAUUGGGGGAGGGGAACUCUUCAAAUCACACGACAUCUGUGAUGUGAGUCUUGGGACAACUGGAGUUUGACCCUGGCAAAAGUGAUCAUCUUGUCAGCCUGACACCAUUUGCUGCUGCCAGUUUUGCUACUUUAUGCAUGUGCCUAAUUUUAAACACCAUUUGAAAAAUUGCCAAUUAUACUGGAAAAAAAAGAGGCUUCAGAAGAUCCUUGGGGCUGGUCUCCAUUAAAAUGACAUUUCUUUGUUGCCAACAGUAUUCUUUCAAUCUCAUGACUUUCUUCCAUCAUGAAGGAGCUGCUGCUGCAAAACUGGUUUGAAUUUAAAGGUGGAAUUUCAGAUCUGAGACAAGGCGGUUUUUUUAAAACAAAGCAGUCCAAAAGGCUAUGUUCUUCACAAGGAGUGAUGACAAUGGCCACAACAAUGAGGUGUUUGUACGUGUGAGAGAAAGACACCAAACCUAGUGGUGAUCCAAAGAAUGGGAACAAUGUUGAACACAUCUCUCCAUCUUGGAGCCACCUGAACAAGCUGAAGCCUUUUGCCGCACAAGCAGGUUGAGUUCAUUUUUAUUUCCAGACAUCUGGAUCUCUUCAGAAAGCCUUCUUGGUUAACAGGAUCUAGAGUGGUUGAUUCAUCUCUCAAAGAUGGAUUACACAGUUUUCAAAGCAUAAUACUGAUGCAGCAUUAAUUUUAAUGAAAAUGCAAUUAAGUGCAGUAAAGUGCAAUACUGUAAAUAUUAUAGAUUAAAAGGGAAAAAAAUAGCUGCAUAUUCUUAUUCUGUUUGUAACCAAUUCUGCAGGAACUGUGACCUGGUUCUUUGUGCUCAGACAUGGAAAUUGCCAUUUUUUUGCCAAAAUGAUACUGUCUGAGCCUCUGACAGAUUGGAAAAGAAAUAUGAAUUGCAUAUAUAAAAGAGAAUUGCCAUGAUUUUGAAUCCACUUCAUGUGCCAUAUUUCUGGGAACUAAGCUCUCAAAUGUCUGUAUUAAUUAUUAUAAUUAUUGUUAUUAUUAUUUGGCAAAUUGUUUUAAAGUAAAGAAGCAACAAUCAAGUCAGUGUUGUGUAGAGGUGGACAAGUUCAGUGUUCAAAGAGGAGGAAUUAAAACUGAUUUUAUACACAACAAAUGAGACCUCUGGAGCUCAUCAACAAAUAUGAGCUACAAGUGCCAGUCAUGAUAAUGGAGGAAAAUUCCUUGAAAUUAUAUUACCAAAGUGUCUAGGUUUAUUAUACACAUAUUUCCCACUCACAUGUAAAUUCCUUUAAGCCAAUUUAUUAACUGGUGCUGCUUCUGGAAACAAAUACUGGCCUUGUCUACUUCUAUAUCUGUUUUUGCAUUUGAUAUAAAAACUCAUUGAUGGAAUCUCUGCAUCUCAACAGCAUAAAAGUCAUUACAUCUGUUCAGUUUGCCCUCAAGUGUAUUUCUUUUUAAGCACUCCAUUAGCAGUUUUAUGGAGAGGGGUUGUUGUUUUUUAUCAGUGUUCACAUAGGAAAGCAAUCUAUUGCAUUUUUUU